AAACGAGACCUUCAAAAAAGAUAUAAUACAAAUAAAAAAUCUAAAUUGAAAUAUUAAUAAAUAAAUCAAUCAAUCAAUCAAUAAAAAACAAAUUCCGAAAUGGGAUAAUCCAAUUCUAAUGAGAUUUUAAACAACCACUUUUCUCUUAACUAAUAAUCUUAAUCAUCUAAUAUAAUCAUGGAUUCUGAGUCCUUGAUAGAAGAGAGCAGAAAAUUGGUGAUUAAAAUUAACGAAACCUUUGAAAAAAUUUCCUCUUCAAGAUAAUAAGUAUUCCAUGCUUUGGGAAUUUCUUAGGUUGGUUUCGGCAGGAAGUAUAAAUAACUGUGGUCAAUAGAUGACGAUUUAAGCAUUUUUAAAUAAUAAUUGUAAAAUUUAGAUAUUAUCGUCCCCUUAGAAAAUAUAUUAUCCAUAAACUAAUAUUGCUUUGAGCUUUCGAUGAUUAAAAUUGGCAUUGUUUCUCAACUUUGCUAAAUAAAUCGCUUAAUGGAUUAAAUCUAAGCACACUUAAAAUAAAAUAAACCAGAAAAAAACAAAAAAAUCUAAUUAAAAAACUCCAUUAAGGUUUUAAAUUCAAAUAUCGUAAGGCUUGAAGAACUUUUAUCGAAUAGAUUUGUUUGUUAACUUAACAAUUAAGAUUUCUUAAACUGUGUCCACUCAAUCUAGUUCAAAAAUUCUUUAAAAAAAAUAGACGAUAAUAUCAGUUUGAGAAACCAAUCACCUUAAACAAUCAUUGAUAACACAGACCUUUCUAUUCUCUCAACUAAUUAAUCUUUUGAUGACAUUUUCUUGGAAUAAAUAAUAUGA